CGCGACCAGCUCUACGCCCGAGGCCAGACUGGCGUACGGUGACUCUUCUUGCAGUCACCCUGCAUCCCGCCAUGUCCUUCUAUACCAUGUCGCCGGCAGUGGUCCGACGAACCGGCUUCCCCACUACGGUAGUCCCGUCAGCAGGCGCUGCGGGGGCUGCAGCAGGUGGAGGCGUGACGGGCAUAGCAGCCGGGCGCCAGGACAUGUUGGGCGUGAACGGUGUGGACGUGCUUCAACCGGAGUCGAGCGAGGACCUCGAGGAAGAGCCAUCGUCGUCGUUGUCACCAGAUAUUGCUGCUUUGAACAAUAGCGGUAGCAACGCUAACAACGGCGGUAGGACUAAUAGGGUACGAGCCGCAGCUGCAAAGGACAGGGCCGCAGCAGCCACAGCUGCUGCCACCACUGCAGACGCAAGAAAUAGACAACCAACACGGAGUCUAGAAAGCGUGCGGGGGUCGCUGAUCCGACAGGAGGAGACGAUUAUUUUUGCGCUGAUCGAGAGGGAGCAAUUCCGCUGCAACAAUGCCAUCUACACUGAUCGGACCUUCCGGGUGAACCGCAGUGAUGCAGCGGACAUCUACGGCCGAGAUGCGAGCUUCUUGGAGUACAUGUUGAGUGAGACGGAGAAACUGCACGCGACAGUGAGGCGUUACAUGAGCCUCGAAGAGCUUGCCUUUUUCCCGAUGUUUCUGCCCGAGCCGAUUUUGCCGCCACUUGACUUCCCUCGACUACUGGCACCAAACGACGUCAACGUAAACGACCAGAUUCUCAAGCGGUACGUGUCGGAGAUCGUCCCGAUGAUUUGCGAGCCGGGAGACGACGACCAGCACGGCUCGUCCGUCGUGUGUGACGUCAACGCGCUGCAGGCUCUCAGUCGUAGGGUUCAUCUCGGCAAGUUCGUCGCCGAGAGCAAGUUUCAGGAGGACAGCAAAACUUACCAGGACCUUUGCCGGGCGGGAGACGCGCGCGGUGUGUUGGAGCUACUGACCAACAAGGCCGUGGAGGAAAAGGUGCUUAAGCGGGCCUUCAUGAAGGCGUCUACGUACGGCAGCGACAUCAACGACGUGCCCGUCUCAACCGAGGACGCGAAGGGCGGUGACGGCGCAGCCAAGGCGGAGCAAAACUUCAAGGUCAACCCGCAGUUCAUCGUUGACAUCUACCGGGACACGGUGAUUCCGCUCACGAAGGACGUGGAGAUUCUCUACCUUUUCCAGAGAACGGGCUACCCGUGCCCAUCGUUGGAGGGGAUACACGACAUAUGAAUUGUGCGGUCGUGUCUCGACGUGACGCUUGUCUGCAGAAAUCUGUCCGGCCUCUUGCAGCACACCCAAUCACCGUCCCGAUACGAUUUUGUGUUGCUCUCGCGAGAGCCUAGUAGUAUGUUUACAAGGUAUUUCGGCUUCGCCGCCCCGCUCGUAGAUCAAGUGCAAGAUACGUGAUGUGUGCCAUUCACCCAUGUGUACAUGCCCACCCCGACGUGUAUUAAGCGAGCAUUUUUCCAGAAUGGGCAUAUACAGGGGGGUGAAGGCUGAUAGCGUGGGAGACGAGGGUGUGUUAGGCGGUAGCUGGGAAGGGGGAGAGAGACUCAAUUACGUAGAAAUCUGUCUGUGACUUAGACCCGAGCGCCGACGCAAACUGUUAGUGUGUUCGUGAGGGGGGCUAGACAACUACGGGAUACAUGUAUAGAGAUUGAACAGCACAACGUGCAACAGCCAGGAGGAAGCCAUGGCCAAUCGGACUUGAAUGGGU